GCAGAGAAGGCGAUACAGAGAGGCGCAGUCGCCGUCGUGUUUGACGUCACCGACAACCCAGACGCCGUGCUGCAGCUGCGGGGCCCGGCGGACCAGCCGCUGCUCUCACGGCCAGUCGUGCUGAUUCAGGGCCCCGACGCGGCGAAGCUGAUGAACAUCGUCAACACUCAGAAGAUGGCGCACGCGCGCAUCGCCUACCAACCAGGCGACGACGACGAUGAGCAGUCAGGGAAGGAGUAUAUAGAGAUCGGAGUGUUCUUUGCGUUCUUCGUCAUCGUCUGCAUCGUCUGUGUCCUCAUCGUUCUCAAGAUGAAGUGGAGACAGCAGUCGGACGAGUCGUCUCUCACGCGGCUAGCGCGGCAGGCCGUCGGUAAGAUGGAGGUGAAGCGCUAUCACGGCAGCGGAGGCGAGGAGGAGGAGGAGGAGAGGAGGGAAGCUGCAGAGAAGCCCCAGCGGCCACAUCCAUCGCUAGCGACCGGCUCUCAGCCUCAAGUCGACGCAGAGAUGUGCGUCGUCUGCCUCGAGGAGUACGCAGACGGAGUGGAGCGUGCGCGUGCUGCCGUGCGGCCACGAGUCCACAAGCUGUGCGUCGACCAGUGGCUGCGUGUCGCGGCGCACCUGCCCGCUCUGCUGCUACAACAUUGUCGACGGCAAGUACGACGCCACCUCCCUGCCCUGCGCCGACCCUCCCCCCGCCCCGCCCCGCCCCGGCGUGGCUCCCCGCAACCAUACCGCAUUCGAGCGACGGCGGAGCUGCCACGAGGGGCGUCACCGUGCGCUGCGUCUGUCAGCGUGAGGGCGGCGGCGCGACCUCUGACGGCCGGCGUGAACUCUGACCUCGUGGCGGGCGGCGGCCAUCGCGCGGCGGUGCAUCUGCGUUCCGACGGUCGCGCGUCUUCCGCGAUCGACGGAGAGCCGGACGCGAGGACAUCAGCUGCAGCAGCACUCGUCGGCUAG